AUGGCUUGUGCUGUAGAUCCCAGCAGCAACAACAAGAACAGCUUGCUGAUGCUUCCUGAGAGAGUGAAGAAGAUCAGCAGGAUUCCUGCUUCGUGGUGGGCGUACGCAUGGAGUAUUGGAAGAGAAGAUCAAAGGAGAGCCAUUCAUGCUCUCAAGGUCGGGACAGCUCUUACACUGGUCUCACUCUUGUAUAUACUAGAACCUUUGUUCAAAGGGGUGGGGAAGAAUGCAAUGUGGGCUGUCAUGACAGUUGUUGUUGUGCUCGAAUUUACCGCAGGUGCAACCAUAUGCAAAGGUCUGAAUAGAGGAUUCGGAACAGUCAUAGCGGCAUCUCUAGCAUUUAUCAUUGAACUUGUAGCAGUAAGAUCUGGAAAAGUUUUCCGUGGUUUCUUCGUGGCUUCUUCAGUAUUUUUAAUAGGAUUCGCCGCAACGUAUUUGAGAUUCUUCCCAUCCAUUAAGAAGAACUAUGAUUAUGGAGUGGUGAUUUUUUUGCUAACCUUCAAUCUGAUAACGGUCUCAAGCUUCCGCCAAGAGAACAUACUGCCUUUAGCACGAGAUCGCUUGAGUACAAUUGCUAUAGGGUGUGCCAUAUGCCUAUUUAUGAGCCUCUUCGUAUUGCCAAACUGGUCGGGAGAGGACCUCCACAGCUGCACUGUGCGCAAAUUUGAAGGAUUGGCAAGAUCGGUUGAAGGUUGUGUGAAUGAGUAUUUCCGAGAUCAAGAGAAGCAUGAUAAUAUUCUUGAUAAGCAGACGUCAAGAGCUUCCAUUCAUACUGGGUAUAGAGAAGUACUAGACUCAAAAUCAAGUGAUGAGUCCCUGAUUGAUGUCAUGGAUGUCUCUUAUUUCAAAAAGUAUAUGCCCUCAAUAAUAACAAUUGGCCAGGCACAUUAUGCAAGCUGGGAGCCAAGACACUCAAUGCAGUGUUACAGUUACCCAUGGCAAAAGUAUGUGAAGCUUGGAUCUGUGCUUAGACACUUCGCAUAUACUGUCGCUGCACUUCAUGGAUGCCUCGAAUCAGAAAUUCAGACUCCGACAUCCGUCAGAUCACUAUUUCGAACCCCAUGCACUAGAGUUGCACGAGAGGUGACCAAGGUUCUACAGGAGCUUGCAGACAGCAUAAGAAAUCACCAUCGUUGUGCCCCUGAUGUGCUGUGCGAUCAUCUUCAUGAAGCACUACAGGAUCUAAACUCAGCAAUAAGGUCACAACCACGGCUAUUUCUCGCCUCAAAACAUGGAUCUGCCAAUAGUCGUAUGCUAAUGGAAAUGAAUUCAAGCAAGCAUGCCGCCUCAAGAACUGCUCUGCCCUCAUUCAAGACUGAUACAGCAUCGAUAUUAGAAAGGAAGAACACAAAAGCAGAUCAACCAUCAGAACGCAGUGAGAGGAGCACAUUAGGGCGGACGCUAAGUAAGAUAGCUAUCACAAGCCUUGAGUUCUCUGAAGCACUUCCAUUCGCUGCUUUUGCUUCGUUGCUGGUAGAAAUGGUAGUACGACUGGAGCUGGUUAUUGAGGAAGUAAAGGAACUGGAAAGGGCUGCAAAUUUUAAAGAGUUCACUCGCCAUGACCAUCUGACCAUUGAUAUCGCUUGCAAGGAGGAGAAGAGAAACAAUGAUGGUGUGCGAUUAGGCAGCCACACAGUUUCUCCUGCAGCUGAAUAA